UUCAUCGAGCAACUUCCUUCGGUUAAAGGAGCUUCCUCCGAUCCCAAACAAAAACAGUUCCGUCACUGGCUUCUCUUUUCUCUCUCUUAUCGGUUUCUGCUGCUGCCACAAUAUGCUGGUGAAACCAUGUCUCAUCUACAUCAUCGGGGCGCUCUCUUUACUAAUGCUGGUCGUGGGGAUAUCUUUAGUUUUAUCCAAGGCAUUUCCAAAUUUUCUACAGUCGAAGGUUAAAACGGACGUAGUCCUGAGAAAUGGAACAGAGGCUUUUGAGGUUUGGGUUGAUCCUCCUGCUCCGAUCUACAUGCAGUUUUACUUCUUCAAUCUCACGAACCCAGCGGAGGUCUUGAUUGGGGAAAGACCAGCAGUGACGGAGAUUGGACCUUACACAUAUAGAGAAUAUCGGCCCAUGGAGGAGGUGGUCUUCCAGGAAAACGGCACAAGAGUUGCGGCAGUCAAUCCUAAAACUUACAUUUUUCAGCGCAACAUGUCCCGAGGUCCUGAAAGUGACCUCAUCAGGACGGUCAACAUCCCUGCUAUGACAGUAAUGGAAAGAUUUAAGGCCAAUGCGGUUGUAGCCAAUCUGAUCUCCGCCUACAUGCGAUCCAGUGGUAUCGGCCUGUUCACCACCCACACUGUGGGAGAGCUACUAUGGGGAUAUGAAGACGGCCUGCUGAAAGCUCUCAAAAAGUUUGAUCCUGAGCUGGACGACUUUUUUGGACUUUUCUACAAGACGAAUGCGUCAAACGAUGGAGAAUAUAUGUUCUUUACUGGCCAGCAGAACUACAAGGACUUUGCUAGAGUGGACACAUGGAAUGGGAAAAGCUCCUUGGAUUGGUGGACGUCUGACGAGUGCAAUAUGAUCAAUGGAACCAACGGAGCGUCUUUCCACCCAAUCAUCAGCAAGAAUGAAGUCCUCUACAUGUUCUCCUCUGACCUGUGCAGGUCGCUGUAUGCCGUGUACACCAACGACGUGACGGUGAAGGAGAUCCCUGGCUAUCGCUUUGUUCCCCCCUUCGAAGUUUUCGCCAAUCAGACCGUGAACCCGGCCAACUCGGGCUUCUGUGUUCCUUCUGGAAACUGCCUGGGCUCAGGCCUGCUCAAUGUCAGCGUGUGUAAACAAGGCGCGCCCAUCAUCAUGUCCUCACCGCACUUCUACCAGGCUGAUGAGAAAUUUGUGCAGGAUGUGUUUGGGAUGAGGCCCAAUAAGGACAAGCAUCAGACUGCCAUCGAUAUCAACCCACUGACAGGAAUCAUCCUACAGGUAGCCAAACGUAUCCAGAUCAAUGUCUACGUGGAGAAAAUCCCACACUUCAGUGAAACAGGAAAUGUGCGGACUGUGGUUUUCCCUGUGGUGUAUCUUAAUGAGAGCGUUCUUAUUGACGACGCAUCGGCCAAGAAGCUGCAGAGGGUCAAUGUCCAGAAGAACGUGGUGGAGAAUAUCCCAUUUCUUGUGAUUGGUCUUGGCAUCGUCCUGGGAGUAAUCUUUAUGUUGCUGAUGUGUCGACAGAAAGUCCCAGAGAGCACUGAAGCAGAACGUCAGCCCCUGAUCUCAUCGUAGCACCAAGCAGAACCAGUGAGGACGAUGGAAUAAAAUAAUCUGACAUCUAGACUCCUAACCUUUAGGCAGCCACUCAUAACCAGAAUCACGCCUUUUCAAUAUUGUAAUGCUUUCAGAAAUUUUGUGUUUACAGCAAGAACUAAAGUUGAUUGUUUUCAUGCUGUAAUGUUGCUAAAAUCUCUUCUUUUUUUUUUUAACCACUAAUUAUGGGAUUACAAAUGAAACCAAGCAGAACUGAGCAGUAUUAAACCUAAUUAUUAUUCUUCAUUGCAAAUAAAUGCAAUGGGUAGUUUAAUUUAUUUGCAAUGUAUAUUUACACAUCCACAAAGAUACACUGCUGUAUUUGUGUAUGAAUAUGCUAUAUUUAUACACAAAAUGGUACCUGAAAGUGUUUUCCACUUUCAUGUGUCCACAAAUCAACUGGCCUCUAUCAGAUGCCAUUUUCAGAAAAAAAAAAAAAAAAAAAAAAACAGAAGAUAAUUUGUUUUAUGGUUUUGUGUUAACUGAAAACGUGCAAAUACACUGAUCACUGAAAGGUUUAACGUAAUGAGUAUGUUUUUAUAAACCAAAUGUGUUGUAUUAAAAAAAGGCUUCAAAAGUUUAUUCAGUGACGAUGCUAUAAUUUGUUGAAGAGUUAUCAUAACGGCGACUUGUUUGCUUUUCAAACGACGCCAACCUGCAGAACCUGAUAAUGGAAAAAAAUGUGUGAAAUAAAACCCUAACAGUAUUGCUUCUCGACGAUAAAGGGAUGGUUUUUAUCUGCUGUGAAUGCGUUUGCACGGAAAGGAACAAAGGUUGCUUUUUUUUUUUAUAUCCUGCUCAAUUCAACACUAUGUCUUGAUUUUAUUUUUAUGAUGCUUCUUGGGGAUUUUGCUAAACGGAGCGUACAAGAGGUUUUCUGGAAGUGUUAUAUCUGAUGUAUUUUUAAGUUUGUUUUCUAUUUGAAAUGUUAAGUUGCUUGAGAAUUGUUGUCGCCCAGCGGGACCGCGGAUUUCAAAGCUGCUGAUUUUUUAAAAAAUUGGUUGAUUCUAUUCAACAUCAUAAAAUUAUUGUGAAAUUUCUUUAAUAUAAAUGUCACCAUUUACCAACAGGUGCUGUUAAUGUUUUGUGCUGUUUAUGUAAGAGACUGUUUGCACUACUACUCAAGAGUCUAAACAUAUGUAAUCACUGAUUAAAUUAACAGAAAAGGUUGUGUGUGUUAUUGGCAUCUUGUCUUGUUGUUCGUCACGACCAAUAAAAGUGAUUCAGACAUCGGC